AUGAAUAAUAAACAAAGAACUACACAAUUACAAAGAAAAGAAUAUGCAAAAAUGAACCAAAGACAUGAUCUUACUUUAAAUUUGGAUCAUGCUGUCAUUAAGAAAAAGUUAUUAAAACAUCUAUUUGAAAAUAAUAAUGAUGAAGCUAAAGAAUUUUGUACAAAUAUCUGUUAA